AGAGCUCUCGCCAAGUGAUAUAAGUUAAUCUCGGAGGGGAACAGCCCCGUGUUGGAUUUCUACUCUUAUACCCCCAUCGAUACCCAGCCUGAGCUUAACUACCCUCGCAAUUUCGACACCUUCCAACGGGACACGGUUUCAAACGAUGUUCCGGAAGCGCAGCCCCUGGAGUAUAUGGGCACUAUGUGCCUUUGCGAUGACGUCUGGGUCCAUCGCCCAAAACACGAGUGUGAUAUGGGUGAUUGAAGAUACGUAUGAAGGACAAACUUUCUUCGAUACUUUUGAUUUCUAUACCGGAACGGACCCAACAAAUGGUAUGGUAACGUUCGUCGACCAGCAGACUGCAUUCUCCAGUGGCUUGGCGUACGUCACAUCGGACAACAAAGUCAUCAUGCAAGGUGACAACACAACCUGGUUGCCGUUGGGUACCAAUCGAAGCAGCGUUCGUAUAUCGAGCCAGGCUAUGUACAAUACUGGCCUGUUCGUUUUAGACCUCGAUAUGGCACCAUGGGGUUGUGGUGUUUGGCCCGCUUUCUGGACGCUAGGUAGUGGAACAUGGCCUUACAAUGGCGAAAUAGAUAUCAUUGAAGGUGUACACGACAACGAGCAUAACCAAGUAACCUGGCAUACUGCUCCAGAUUGCAACUUGACAGCUACGACCAACUUCACUGGUACUAUUGUUCAAACCAAUGGAGUCGAUAACCUGCAAUGUAACGCGUUUAUAAACAAUAAUGCUGGCUGUGGCGUUACUGAAUGGAGCCGAGCGUCUUAUGGCCCAUACUUUGACUCCCAAGGUGGAGGCGUUUUUGCAAUGAAAUGGGACGAUAAUGGGAUCGCCGUCUGGUCCUUCUAUCGUGCUGCUGUACCUGAGGACAUAGUCGAUGGUUUACCGGACCCAUCCACCUGGGGCGAGCCCGUCGCAGAAUUAGCUCCGAAUUCAUGUAAUAUCGCUCAGUUCUUCGCCAAUCAUUCCAUAAUUUUUGAUAUUACAUUCUGUGGUGAUUGGGCUGGAAACUCCUAUGCAACAUCUGGAUGCCCCGGAACAUGCGAAGAAACACUGAUGGAUCCCGCGAACUUUGUGAACGCUUCCUGGAUCAUCAAUUCUCUGAAAGUCUAUAAAUCAGCAACACUAUCUUCUGGAUCUUCCAGUGCUGCCACGGCAUACUAUUCCCAAUCAGCUGUGUGGAUCGCCGCAGUCGCGAUGACACUUGGCUGGCUCUCACUAAUAUAAGAUGCUGGCAUCUCAUAGUUUUCCAAUAACGACUUGCGUGGACCUUUGCAAAUAUAUAUUACUAUGUUGUGGAUCUUCAUCCUUUUAACUACUAUCAUGCCACCCCUUUGCGAAUGGACCCUAAUCUGCAAC